AGUUCGCAAUGAUCUCCCUUUGGUUGCUGGUACUUCAAGUACUUUUCACUCUGCUCUUCGUGGAGCUCGGACUGACCUCGGUGACCGAUGUGGAGUGGGCGCGGUACAAGGCCAGAUACAAUAAGCGAUACGGGCUGGAGGACCAAUACCACCGACGAAUACUCGAAAAGAGAGUGCAGGCGGUUGCCAAUCACAACAGACUCUAUUCCCAGGGCAGAUCGGGAUUCAGGAUGGGCUUGAACCAGUUCUCCGACACAAAUCUCCGCCUCCUCUACAGUCGUCGAUCGGCGAUCUCUGCCCCAGCGGAACCGAGUACUAAAGGAGUUACAAAGCCGGCGAACUACAAGAGCUACGACCAGAUAACCAGAGGAAUAGACUGGCGGCAAUACGGCUAUAUAUCAGCAGUGGGAGAUCAAGGCACCGAGUGCCUGAGCUGCUGGGCCUUCUCCACCUCGGGCGUCCUGGAGGCGCAUCUGGCAAAGAAGUACGGAAAGCUGGUGCCCCUUUCCCCCAAGCAUUUUGUGGACUGCGUUCCCUAUCCCAACCAGGGCUGCAAUGCUGGUUGGGUGAGUGUGGCCUUCAACUACACGAGGGAUUAUGGCAUUGCCUCCAAGGAGUCGUAUCCCUACAAGCCCGAAAAUGGAGAGUGUCGCUGGGACCCCAGGAAAAGUGCAGGCACCUUGCGGGAAUACGUUACGCUAACUAGCAACGAUGAACGGGAAUUGGCGGAAGUGGUCUACAACAUAGGACCUGUGGCGGUGUCCAUUGACCAUCUGCACGAGGAAUUCGAUCAGUACUUUGGUGGCAUCUUGAGGAUUCCCUCGUGUGGAAACACCAAGUUCGAUCUGAAGCACUCCGUUCUUUUAGUGGGCUUUGGAACCCAUCCGAAGUGGGGCGACUACUGGAUAAUAAAGAACUCCUAUGGAACAGAAUGGGGCGAAAGCGGCUACUUUAAGCUGGCUCGAAAUGCGAACAACAUGUGUGGGGUGGCAACCCUACCCCAAUAUCCUAUAGUCUAAGCGAUUGAUU